AUGAUAACUAAGCAGCCAGCCAGAAGCGGAGGGGACCACCAUGGAAAGAUUUGUACUGAGGUCAUCACCUGCAUAUACUGCAAGGCCAAACCAGAUUCCAACACCGCUGUACCCAAUGGAUCUCCGGAAAAGGCAGACUUCUUAAAGCUGAAAGUUUUGGAGCCAGAGGAAGCCGGGAGGGAGGGCGGCGGGAAGUGGGUGGCAGACGCAUCGGGAGGGCCUCGGCUGCCCCCAGGACCCCUGCGGGACAGGGUGCAGGGUUGGCGCGGCCGGGGGCUGGAGCUGCGGGGCGCGCGCGGCCGCCUGCUACCCGCCGCCCCCUGCCGGCUGCCCGGCCCGCGCGCCCCCAGUCGCCGCGGUUGCCAGGACUCGAGGUUUCCGGCGGCGCGCGGCGCAGGACGUUUCCAGCCCCAGCCCAUAUUUGGUGAAAGUCUUUCAAGACUCCGUCAUCCAGCUCUGGGGGGCGGUGGCGGCGGCGGCCCCAGAAGCGGGCCGGCGACCGCGCGGCCGCCGCGUUGCUGCGCAGUGCCCGCGCCCGGGCCUCGGGCCGCCGGGCCCCGGUUGUGGCGGGCGUGCGGGCACGCGGGCGCGGGGAGCCCGCCGCAGCCCAGCCCCAGCCCGCACCCCGGCCGGCGCCGAGGCCCGCCCCGCGCUGCGUGGGAGGUUGGCGGGGAGAGCAGCACGGCCGAUUGUGUCACUUUUCCCGUCCACCCCACUGUUGACUCGUCCUCCCAGCGGGGCAGCGACUUGGCGUGCUGUGCCAGACUUAGAGGGUACGCCCAGGCGCGGGGGUGUGGGCUUGUGUGUCAGAGGGUGGCGUUUGCUCAGACAUCGAGCCCACCCGAGAGCGGGGACAUGGAAUUGACUCUGGGGAGAAGUCCCAAAGGGUCUGGGUCCCCCUAUCCCUAGAAGCGAGAGAGGCUGGAGCUCGCUCUCUGUUUCUCUCGCUCUCCCACAGCCCCUUCCUCUCUCCCUCGUCGGGGUCUAUGUGUAAGGACCAGCAAGAGGACCCUAUGAGUGAAGGGCAGC